AGACGUGUGUCUCUUUCAUUCCAGAAAACACAAGUGCGUGACAUGUGCGGCUAAGAUUCGAAAUAGAAGUAAUAAUAAAAAAAUGGAAAUUGUGGAAGAAGAAAACGGCGGUGCUAAAAGUGCGUGUUAUCUUAUCCGAAACGCAACGACACCGAAAACAAAUACAAAAACCUUUUGUUCCAACGGAGGAAACAUAAACCAAAACACUAAACAAUCUAAUUAUCAUUAUUUAUUAUUAUUACUCAGCGAUGCAACCUACUUCUGGCGACGGUGGCGGUGGUUUGAAACGUUUCCGGUCAACUCCGGCGAGCUGGAUAGAAUCGUUUAUUCUCAAAGAAGAAGAAGAGGAGGACGAAAACCAACAACAAGACAAUUUCAGUUUCACUCAACUGCUUUCCAAUAACGCUGCUGCCGGUCCUUCAACUCCCGAUUCUCAUCCAUAUUUACCUGAUUAUUACCAGUACUCUUCACCGCAUACUCUUUCUGCCGCAGAUGCCUCUAAUAAUCCCUUCACACAGGGGGUUGAGGAGAGUGAUAAUGCAUUGGAUCUUAAAAUAGACAAAAUUUUAGAGGAUUCGGUUCCUUGCAAGAUUCGGGCAAAGCGUGGCUGUGCUACACAUCCAAGGAGUAUUGCUGAAAGGGUUCGGAGGACUCGAAUUAGUGACCGCAUAAGAAAACUUCAAGAACUUGUGCCAAACAUGGAUAAGCAAACAAACACUGCAGAGAUGUUAGAUGAGGCAGUAGCUUAUGUCAAGUUUCUACAAAAUCAAAUUGAGGAACUAUCAGAACACCAACAGAGGUGUACAUGCGUGAUUCGCGAGUAGAUUCGUGAUCUUGUGAUAUAGUACCUGGUUGUUUUCUCUUUUGAGUAAUCAGAUUUUUUUAUGUUCUAAUGAAGAUUAACCAUUUCUCAGAAGAUUAAGGUUGUGUCACAUUUCUGUGCAACAAGUACAUAUUGGGGGUGCUAUUAUCAGUUUCAUGAGGAAUCCACUUUAAAUGUAGUUCCUUCUAGUGUGUUAUAAUUGUAUAGAGUUGUAGUGUUUUAUAAUAACUUAUACACAAAUCUGCUAAACUUACUAGCUUAUUGAGCUUCUUUUUGCUGAGAUAUAAUUAAUCAUAUCUGAGAUUCUUCA